AUGGUUGAGGCCCAGGCUUUGCAAGGUAUUAAGGGGCCGUUAAGUAUUGCUGCUGGUGUUCGAGACAUCGUUUUUACGUCUGCUAAAAGACAUGAAAGUGAGGAGAUUUUGGAUAAGUUGGAUGUGCCUCAUCAGAUCAAUCUGUUCUCGGAUGUAGAGCAUGGCUUUGCUGUUCGCUGUGAUUUGUCUAAGCCGAGGCAGAAGUUUGCUAAGGAGCAGGUGUUUGCUCAGGCUGUUGCCUGGUUUGAUCAGUAUCUUAUUGUGUGA